GGCAGUUUGUUUAAUGCAAACUACACAAAGCUUUGCAGUGAACAUCCAUGCUAUGGGCAGGGAGGACUCCUUGGACUUUAAAACCAGCUAAAGAGAGGCAGCAGACCCACUGUAACUGGAUUUAUCUGCUCUGAGGGGUCUCUCGACUAAGAGGCACUUUGAAGUUCAAGUUCACCCUCCUUUAUGUUGGGCUUUCAAAUCCGUCAUGGCGAUGUGCCUCAGCCAAGUGUUUAAUAAAGACAAGACGUUUCGCCCCAGGAAGAAGUUUGAGCCAGGAACGCAACGUUUCGAGCUGUACAAAAAAGCCCAGGCAUCCCUUAAAUCUGGGUUGGAUCUAAAGACGGUGGUGCAACUACCGCCCGGUGAGAAUAUCAAUGACUGGAUAGCUGUACACGUGGUGGACUUUUUCAAUAGAAUCAACUUGAUCUAUGGCACCAUGUCAGAGUUCUGCACGGAGAAGAGCUGUCCCAUCAUGUCUGGUGGACUGAGGUAUGAAUAUAGGUGGCAGGACGAUCACAAGUUCAAGAAGCCUACCAAGGUUUCCGCUCCUCUGUAUAUGAACAUGCUCAUGGAGUGGAUUGAAACAUUAAUCAACAAUGAGGAUAUUUUCCCCACAAGGAUGGGGGUCCCAUUUCCAAAGAAUUUCCAGCAGGUUUGCCACAAGAUUCUGACGAGGCUGUUCCGGGUGUUUGUUCAUGUCUACAUUCACCACUUUGAUGGCAUCAUAAGCGUGGGAGCCGAAGCACACGUCAACACCUGCUACAAACACUUUUAUUACUUUAUUAGAGAGUUCAGCCUGAUCGACCAUCGGGAACUCGAACCUCUGAGAGAAAUGACUGAAAGAAUUUGCCAUUGAUGGUGGAUCUGUUGAUCAUCUUUCUACCUGGAAAUGUGAACCACCCUACAUGCCUUCCAGCGAAUGUGAAUUCCUAAUCUUUCUAGAAAAAUGUUGCUCUACUGCCUGGUUCAUCUGUCGGUCCAGCUACAGAGGGGUUAAGGAGAACCCAAUUUAUUUUAUUUAUUCCCCAUGAUGUACUCAUCAUGAAAACGACUUAUUUCAUUGUAGACGUCAAAGCAAAGUUCAUCCACCAUGAAGCCAUGGAUAGACAGCUCGUUACCGAAUGGUGAUUGGUGAUGAAAGUGUUAAACAGCACUCGGGUUCUUAAAGAAUUGCCGAUUUACGACGUCUGUCUUUUGUAUUAAGAAGGAUGGUUUGUAACUUUUCCAGUUAAAUGCGAAUAAGUUUUUUUUUUUAUUCCGUUUGGAAAAAUGUGCAAUUUAAAUAUCAAAACCCAAAAGGAUAACCGCAGCCAGGAAAAAAAAAAUCUGGAUACUGUGUAUUUCAGUAACUUUCUGGUCCAGUUAAGAAUUGGCCGAAGAGAUCAUCCACUUACUGGCGGAAUUUCCACAUUGGGGUUUUGAGCCAACUAUCUGUUUUUUUUGUAUGUCUGCUUUUUUUUUUAUUUAAAGAAACACUGUAUGAUUGUUACAAUUAAACUGAAAGUAUCGUAUUUUGUACAUACACCUCGCACAAACAAAUAUUGUUAAACUAAACUCAAGUUUUAUUAGAUUAUAAAAACAUUAAAGAUUUUAUAUCUACA